GGGGCACCCGAUUUCUUCUACAAGGAAGCUCAGCGCCUUGGCUAUGUUGCUCGCUCUGCCUUCAAGCUGGUACAGAUACAGAAGCAGCACAAGCUCAUCAAGGCUAGCUCAUCCGUACUGGACCUCAGCUGUGCUCCGGGUGCUUGGCUCUCCACAGAAAAUGGACUGACUUUGUUGUGGCAAAAUGCUGAACAAACAUUUUAUGGAAUUAGGGUUCCGAAUUUUCGGUGGUGGUUUUGCUCAAUAAUCACCAUUCCUAAAUGUAAUACAAUCAAGUUUUGGCUGUUGACUUUUCAGCAAAAAGGGUUUUCUGUUAUACUUUCGGACAUGUGCCCUUUGGUUUCUGGAAUCACAACUAAAGAUGCAGCUCUGUCAGUGGAGCUAGGGAUGCGAGCAUUGGAUUUGGCUGUUGGCAGAAGAGCUGCAUUUUCAGUUUAUGCUGACGGUGAUGAUACUCAGGAAGGUGAGCAAAGCCAUGAUGAUCCAUCCACUUUGGCGGAAACUGGAGUGUUGCAAGUUGGUGGGAACCUUCUUAUAAAGCUUUUGGAGAGCGAAGAUGCAAAAGGUGGUGUGAACAAUCUUCAUGAACUCUGGGCCCUUCUCAAUUUUCUUCUGCCUGAAAUUUUUAGCUCUGCUGAAACUUUUGAUGAAUGGUUCCAAAUAUCAGAUUAUCCAGUAUACCACUCACUGUAUGAUGAUUUCAUCUGGAUGCAGAAAUUUGGAGAUCCUAUGUCUCAUAGGCAUGUUGCAGAAGCAAGUAAAGGUUGGAGAACAUGGAAAGAGUACCAAAUGAAAGUGAGAGAUGUGAAUGAUAGACUUAUGAUGGCUGAACGUGCAUUCACUGACAGAGAUGGCCUCUUAGGAAUGACAUGGCAUAAGCAUUUGAUGAAUUCUACUGUUUUGAAUGAAACCAGGGUUCUAACUUCUAAGAAAGAUGAAAUUGAAGAAACCAAGCAAGCAAAGGAGAGUAGAAACAUCAAACAUGGCUGCUACUAUUGGAAUCACAGAAUUUAUUGGAGCAGAGAUGAUUGA